CGCUGUGUGUGUAAUAUAUUGUGUGUGCCCAAAUAAUAGCAGUGAGUGUAAGGCAGCAACACUUUCCGACAAUUUAUUUGUGACAAUUUUUUUUGUGCCCUGUUUUAUCUCAUAAUUGUCGAAAUUUACACUUCAAGAGUCAAUAAGAGCAUUGAAAAAAUACAUAGAAGAGAGCCACUAGUUACUGAAAGGACAGUUUUGUCGGCCAGAGACCAUCGUUUAUAUCUGGGCUGACAACUCCGGAACCGUCGAGAUGCUAGCCACUCAGAAACCUCGACGGACUCGGGAGUUCACCGGGCCGACUCCCCACUCUGUAGCUAUCAGAGCCAAGAUGCCAAGCAAGCUCCCUCCAGAUCACCUCAUCCUGGAAAGAAGGAAACGAGACGACCAACGUGAGGAAGCGGAAGCCGCCACAAAGUACAACGCCCUCUGCGACCUGAAGAACGACUGGGAGAAGACCACGGACCGGCGGAUACAGUCUAACACGGUCAAGAGACGGGUCAGGAGCUUGAUGCAGCAAGAAGAGUUCUCACUAGAAGACAGAAGACAGAGAUUAAGGGAAAUGUUAGCAGAGGAAAAUGACCAAUACCUGGUUGAGAUGGAAGCAAGUCAAGAAACACUUUUGGAGCGACAAUCGAAGAUGAGGGAACGCGCAAAGUUUCUGAAGGAGAAGAGGGAGAAAGAAAGAUUAAAGAUUGUUGCCGAAAAACUUGAUCAAAAAUGGAGAGAGGAAUGCGAGGAGCUGCGAUCCACGCUCACUCGACGGCACAUGGACGAGGUGUGCAUGGACCGGAGCCACCAGCUGGAGACCAAGGCCCGCAUGCAGGCGCACGACCAGGAGGUGGAGCGCAUGUACGCGGACCUCUGGGAGAAGGACAGGCUGGCCAAGGAGGCCAAGGAGGAGAAGAUCGCCCAGGAACAGCACGGCAGGAACAUGGAGAUGCUGAGCGUCCUCCAGAAGCAGAUGGCUGCCAUCGAGGCCAAGCGCCAGGAGGAGAAACAGCUCAGGAUCGACGGUGGCAAGUUGAGGAAAGAGGAGGCUGCUCUGAGGAAGCUGGAGGAGCAGCGUGCCAUGGCUGAGAAGAGGGCGCUUCAGCAGGAGAUGCGAGAUGGCCUGGACCAGAACAUCAAGCUCAAGGCCAAGAGGAUGGCCAAGGAGGUGCAGGAGGAGUUGGCCCUUGACAUGAAGAUCCUGGAGAAACUCCUGGAAGAGUCCAGGAACGAGGCCAUGGAGAUUACACAGAGAAAGAAAGAACUCAGGCAAGAGGACCAGCGCUACCGCAAGUACCUCCAAGAACAGAUGCGGCUUGAGCAGCAGCGGGAAGCAGAGAUCGACCGCAUGAUCUCAGCCGAGGUGGAGAGACAGUGGCAGAAGAGGCUAUCUCAAUGGGCCAAGGAGCGCAACGCCCGCAAGAGACUCAUGGAAGAGGUGCUGGCGAUUAGGAGACAGCAGGUGGAAGAAAGAUUGGCCGCCAACGCAAACGCGCAGGCCGAGCUGGCCAAAGAGAGGGAGGCCAUGCAGGCUGCCAUGGAGGAACACAAGAGACUUGACGAUGAAAAGCAGGCUGCGAUCCUAGCCGCCAACAAGAACUACGAACAGAACCUCCUGGGACAGAUGGAGUACACCAACAGACAGCAGGAGCAGGCUAAGGAUGAGGAGUACCGCGAGUACCUCCACGGGCUGGAGACGGAGGCAGAAUACCAGGCCAAGCUGAAGGAGGCCCUCGCUAGGCCAGUCAUAGACAAGGCCCACCCUGUCAGGAGGCAGCACAUGUCAGCACGCAAAUCUCCUCAGAUCGCAUAAAGCACUUAACAGUCUUGAAGACAUAGUCCUUCCACCUAUAGAAUGUUUUUCCUAUUGAUGAAUUUGCCUUGAAAGCGUGGUCAUUCCAAUUUCUAUUAAUUAAAUGCAUGUACCAAAUUACUUACAUUCUGUAAACUGGCCUAUUGUAACCAUUUUAACAUUGCCCAUUUGAAGGUACUUCAGAUAGAUGUUGAUAAAAAGCCUUCUGUGGGUAUGUACUCAUUUUUUUUUCAUAUUCGUUAAAAGGUAUCCAUUUCUCAGCAAAAUAUAAAUUGCUUGUGAAAAUGUAAUGGUAUUUAUACUCAUAUUUAAUGUGACCAUUGUUGCUGCCUUUUCAUCAUUGUUCCGAUAUCUGAACAGGUCACCAAAAAUGUAUGUAUUAUUCGAAACGAUGGUACGAAGCACCACCAUUUGACUCCAUUUUACUUGUGUGGAUUUUGUAGCAACUUUGUGUUCACUGUACCUCACUGUAUUAUUGUGCAUAUCUUGAGAAUUUCUAACAUAAGCUUGAUUUAAAAACUUGAGAAACAUCAACCACAUGUAGUCACACAUAGAGAAAAAGAUUGCUAGAUGUUAUGUGGAAUUUGCUUUGAUACAGGCCAAUCAAAUAUCUUAUUUUUAUUUCUUCUUUUUCUUAUAUUAUGAUGAUUGCAAACUAUAAUUGUUUAUUGACACAAAAAUUGUGUUUGUUGAGCAUCAUGUGGUGUCUUUAUUUUCUGAUGAUUUUAAGAACCAAUAUACAUAAAUCAUCAUUUAAAUGAUGUAGCGAGUCAUGUGACUUAAUUGUUAACCCCUAUCAUUUGUCCUCUGUUGAUUAUUAUAUUUAAUUGUUCCAGAUUAGCAUUAGUUCAAUUCUUCAUCCUAUUUUGUGAUAAGGACUGAUUAACUUUCUUUUUCUUUUAUUGAAAUAACAUUGUUGCUUGGAUUGUGAGUUUUAUGUCAAUUAAUAGGGAUUUGGACAGUCAUCUCAUACACUGUAAAUAUGUAUAGGCUUGGCAUUGAAGUACUUUCUAUAUCUCUCCAAUCCUGCAGCUAGUAUUUGGUCUGUGUAGGGCUAUGGUGACAAGGAGGAAAAAUAGUAUUUGAAAGUUUAGAAAUUAAAAGAUUAUCUGUUUUUGAUUGCGGAAUCUGCAAAUCAAUAACUCCGUCCUCAAGCAGAAUGUAUAUAAAAUGUUGUUCAUUACAACAACAAAAAUCCACCUUGUAUGAAUUGCAAGUUGUAUUCAAUAUGUUUGUAAAUUGUAUAUAAAUAUAUACAAAUGUAUAUAUAUAUAUUUGUAUCUGCAUUGGCAAGAGUUUUUCUGUUACAAUAACUGUAAAUUGAUGGUAAUUGUCUUUAAUAAACAGAAUACAAAGCUA